AUGUCUGCUGUCGAGAGAAGAGGAGCCCCAGAGCCUCACUGGGAAAACAGAGCUUCCAGAAACCAGGACUUCAGGUAUCCCCGGAGGCUUCUGGCUCGGCCCCGGCAUCCAGUCGGCAUGAGCAGCUGGCGGCCUGACGGGUCCCGUUCCGCGCACCACGCUCGCAGGGCUCGUCCUGAGGACCUCAGACCUCCUUGCUUUCUGAGCUCCAAGUCCAGACCGCUGCCUCCAUCUCAGGAGAAGAUGGUGAAAACGCACACUCUCGCUGCCCCAAAGACGCAAACGCUGGACGGUUACUUCCAUCUCAACCCAGACAGAAGAGGAAAUGGUGUGCAGAUGGCAGGAAGGCGCUCUGCUGUUGUUGUUCCCUGUCCUCCGCUCCCUGCUGCUGCUCCACCACCAUCCACCGUGAAUCCAGCACCUCCCCGCCAAAACACCCGUCACAGCGACUUUGAGAGACAACAAAGCAAGCCGAACACAGUGCCGGCAUCUCCCUCCUGCGAGCAACCUGCUCUGGAGGGAGAGGCUGAAGUUCAGGAGACGGAGAGAGCACCACAACCUGCUGUGGUGUCCAUCCCGGAGUCAGACUGGAAGCUGCAUCCGGAACCGGCUGAACCAGAACUCUCACCGCCGCCGGCCUCCACAAUCUCCCACGGGUCUCUCUCAGAUUUUAGCCGUCCACCGUCAAGCCUGUUCAGCCGCAGCACUGACCUCGCCAGUGGCAGGAGCAGUGUCCUGUCUGGUGCAGAUAUCAGAGACUCGGACCCCGAAGGCAGCGUUUGUUUCUCGCCGCUCCAGCCUUGUCCAGUGAUGAAGUCACCUUCGGCUUCUUACCCUCCGGUGGGAUCCAACCCUCGCCAAUCUCCCACCAAUGCUACGGCCACCCCUCCACUCUAUGAACCGCUAUUUGGCCAAAUCAAACCCCUCUCCCCUCCCUUAAAGUCAGCUGUCCUUCCUCAAUCAGAUAAACCUCUGAGCAGGAGUGAAAGCGCUAAAAUAUCAAAGAAUCUCCAACUGGAUGCAUCUGUAGAUCCUGGUCUCCACCCAUCCUUGGCCUCCGAUCAUGGCCUCGUUGCCCUUGCUUUCCCCUCUGCCACUUGGUCUUCCUGCCCGAGUCCACAGAGGACCACUCCUCAUUCCUCAGGGUCAGGACCAAAGCUGACCCCUUCUGCAUCAGUGACUCGGCUGGAGUCUCAUCGCUGGUCUGUCCUGCCUCCCAUCUCCCCUGUCAGAGGACGCUGUGGCACCGCAGCAUCACGCUACUCAGAGCUCAGCUGCAGUCAGUCCCACGUGUUUGAUGAACUGGAUGCCAUCGCCCCUCGGUCCCCUUCCUGUCCGUCUCUGGACCAGCUAUCGGACUCAUCCGGUCGCCCUUCACCCGACAGAGAGCUGUCUCCCGGCCUGGCGGCGCUGACAGUGGGCUGUGACUCCGGGAAUCUGGGCUCCCUGUCCCGGGUUCACCUGCUCCUCCUGGACCGACCGCAGCCCGAGACCAUGCCGAGUCUAUUCGGUCCGGAAGAGGAGCUCUCACCGGUGCCGGACUGGUCUGAUUUCAUGAUGCAGUACGAUCCAGGAGGUGGUUUGAGGCCCCUCACAGCUGGCAGCAUCUCUGAAAGGUGCGACUCUGCAGGGAAAGUCCAGGAAAACAAAUCGGAUCAGUCUGAAGGAGGUUCUGGGUCUCCGUCUUCAUGGAUCAUAGACCCGAGUCCAUCGCUCAACAUGCUGAGAUCAGCCGGUUCUCCCUGCGUGUCCGAUCACGGUUCCAGCAGAGUGGAAGGGGGCCCCACGGAGGAGGAGGAGGAGGCCAAUUAUCCGGGAUGGGGGGACCGAGGCGAGUCCUCGGCUGAAGGAAGGAGGCCCGGGAGUGUUGACGACAGAACUGAAGAGAAGGACGGACGGAUGGAGGAGAGAAAAACAAAGGUGCUGAAGUUGCUUUCCAAACUGCAAGAUGACACACCUCGGCAGCCAAAUAGCAACAAAGGUUGCUCCAACUUCGAGGACUUCGACUUUUUGGCAAAGUAUUGCAUUUUCAGUCAGGAGAAGCUGGCUGAGUACAAAAGAGCUUUUGAAGCAGAGGACGGUGAUGAUGACGGCUACAUCUCCUGCCUUCAGGCUCUGCUUGCUCUUAAAAACAUCAUCCCUCCGGAGCUGCUGUCUGACGAAGAAGAAAUCUACGUCUACAGGAUCCUAGAGAUGGUGGACUUCAGAGUGACAGAUGGGCUCGUGGACCUGAGGCUCUUUGCUGUGAUUGCAAGCCUGGCACAGAAAGUAGCCGCCAUGGAUGAGUUUAUGCGAUCACUAAUCACCGACAUGGACUUCCGCUCUUUAGAAGUGAGGCUCUUCAAAGCGAAGCAACUGUUCCUGUUCCUCCUGGAGGAGCAGCAAGGAGACGCCGGAGCUCAGCGGGGCUUCAUCAGCGCGGAGCAGCUGCUUUUGGAGCUGAAGGCCGGAGGAAUCCACCUGGAGCAGGAGGCGGCCGUCAGGCUGGAGCUGCAGCACAUCCCCCCCCCUGUACCUGCUGGACUUCCUGGCCUACCUGCCGCUCUUCAUGCUCAUUCACAAGUCGGUCAUCUCCAACCCUCUCGAUGA